ACGAGUCUUGUGGUCGUGUAAGCGGAAGUGAUGGCAAAGGCAUAUAAACAUGAUGUUUUGCAUGGAAGUAGUUUGAAAUGUCUUACUAAUGACGAUAGCGUUUCAAGUUGUUCAGUUUACUGCGGCAGAAGAUCAACCUUUCUUUUGUCCAAUGGAGUUCUCUGCCUUACAGGAUUUAUUGUUACAUCUUUCGCCACGUUUUUGUUGGUCGUCGAAGGGUCGUUUGUUCAAGGAAGCAGUGUUGAAUACAUUACUUUAACACUGGCUACUUCGAUAAUCAUUCCCGGAAUUGUAACCCUGCUGUCUUGUUCCGCAGUCUGCUUCGCUUCAAAUCGCAGACGUUUGCCAUAUUUAUAUAAUACUUUGAGCAUGAUAUUCAGCUGUACUGUGAUGUUUGAGAUAAUGGUGUUCAUUUUCGGUGUUGGUCAGGUGGUGCAAGUUGAAGAACUAACAAUCGGCAUUGUCGAAUGGAGUCGUUUUAUUCAGUAUUAUCAAGAAGAACAUAUUAGAAAUGACCUCGACGUCAUACAAAAAGAGCUCAAAUGUUGUGGUUUUAAAAGCUACAAAGACUGGGAUUUGAAUCCAUAUUACUCAUGCAAUUCUACAGGUUACUCAAGAUGUAGUGUGCCAUUCUCUUGUUGCAAGCUUAAGAACGCAGGCGCUACUUGCGUUUUAGGAAUAAGAAAUCCAAAGAUAACUGAAGCAGAGCUAAGAGAAUCUAUUUAUUUAGAUGGGUGUCUGAGGACUAGUCAAAUAUGGUAUAAAUAUAGUAUCAUUCUUCUAAGUAUCUCUGCGCUUCUCAUGGCAUGUAUACAAGGGUUUUUCCUAAACUUCAUGGCUCGUUAUGUAAAAAAUAUCGAAAAGGAAAGCGACGAUACAUAUCGUUCAAACUCCCCCAAAAAUGAAUACUCAUCAGUUUUGAAAAAAGACACGAUAGUGAAAGAUAAACAAAAACCCAGCAUUAGUUAUGUACAUAUGGAAUUGUAGGGGGUUCCCCUGGCUAGGGUUCCUCUCAGCUGCUCACUGAAACUGAAUACACUCUUUCGACUUGAUCAAAGAAACCGUGCCAGGUCAAUAACAUAUACAGGGCCCUACAGGGCCUCAAAUUGAGCAUGAUAAUGUUGAACCUCAGCCAGCCCAAACAAGGUUCCUGUGCGUCUGUCAUAACAUAAGGAAAAUGAUCAUGAUAAUAUAUGGCACUUCAAAAUAAACGCUUCGUUAACGACUUGCUGUAAUAAAACGUGCUGCAGUCGUUCUCUAAUCUAGCUCCUAUAUAUGACGAAGUUUACUUAUGAUUUAUGUCUUUUUGCUCGAUUGAAAAAAUAUUGUCUCAAAACAU